AUGGCAUGGCUUAAGCAGUCAGUAUGCUCUCUAGAGGAGUUCAGCUGUCCAGUUUGUUUGGAAACGUUUAAAGAUCCUGUGAUCGUGGCAUGUGGGCACAAUUUUUGUAAGUCGUGUAUCAAUAAGGUUUGGGACAGCACAAAAAUCUUAUCCUGCCCCGAGUGCAGAGAGGAAUUUUUGGAAAGAAAGUACACUGUGAACAGACUGCUGGCUACUUUGGUUGGGAGAGUCCAGAAAAACAAUCCUGGACAGAGAGAAGAAAGCAGAGCACCAGAUCAGAAAGGAGAGGCACAUGUUCCUGUUGUAGACCAAGACAGAGGAAUUCAGCAGUGUGAGGAACAUGAAGAGAGACUGAAAUUAUUUUGUGAGGAAGAUGGAACUUUGGCCUGUGUCCUGUGUGUUCCGAAACAUUAUGGUCACCAUUUCAUAUCCCUGCAGGAGGCAGUUAAUAUUUAUCAGGAUAAGUUGCAAACAGCCUCUGAGUCAUUGGAAUCCAACCUGAAAAAACUACAGGAAUUACAGAUAAAGCAGGAGAAGGAAGUCUACAGCAUUAAUGAAUGUGUCCCCAAUCUGCAGCAGCACAUUAUGUUUGAGUUUGAGAAACUGCACCAGUUCCUCCGGGAGAAGGAAGAACAGAUGGUCCUAAAGCUGAAGGAGGAAGCAGCAGGGAUUCUGAGUGAGAUGGAAGAGAACCUGAGUGAAAUCAGAGAGAGUAUAACAACAAUUGAGGGAGAAAUAUUUACUGUGAAGUGGAAGAUGGAACAGAAAGAUUAUUUGCUUUUUCUAACAGGAAUAAAGGAUGAGAUGGAAAGGUUGUCAACAAUGCAGAAACAGGAAUGUGCCCCUGAAGUAUCCUUGGUUACUCGUGACCUGAGCUUGGGAGUGUAUAAAGGACCACUGCAGUACAGUGUUUGGAAGGAGAUGCGAUCUAUCAUCAGUCCUGUGCAUUUUCCAGUGACGCUGGAUCCUAUCACAGCACAUCCUGAACUUGUUCUGUCCGAGGACCUUACCAGUGUGCUUUAUGCUAACAAAAAACAGCAGCUCCCCGACAACCCUGAAAGAUUUGAUUAUUAUCUUUUUGUGUUGGGAUCGGAGGGAAUUACUGCUGGAAGACACUGUUGGGAAGUAGACGUGGAGACCAAGACGGCCUGGUUUCUGGGAGUGGCCAGAGAGUCCUGUACCAGAAAGGGGAAGUUUGGCAUGAAUCUUGAUAAUGGAUAUUGGGCUUUGUGGCUGACAAACAGGAACAUAACUGGCAUUCUGCACAAAGAAUUUAAGCAAAUUGGGACAGUUGAAAACAUCCAGAAAGUUUUAGUAUAUCUGGAUUAUGAAGGAGGACAGCUGUCAUAUUACAAUGCUGAAGACAUGUCACACCUCUACACCUUCAGUGACACUUUCACUGAAAGACUGUACCCUUUUUUCAGUCCUUGUGGUAAUAAAAAUGGUGACAAUACAGGGCCUUUGAAGGUAAUUUCACAGAAACUUUAACCAGAACUUUGGCCCAUAAUUAAUGUAAUAAUGGAAUUUGCUACUGUUGUAGUACUUUGUACUGGUGCAACUUUGUACAUUUGAUGAGCACAUGUUUAGGUGUACAGUGAUACAAAUUGUGUGGCUUUAGUUAAAAUAUAAGCCUAAGAAGAGUGUAGUGGGAGUCGGGAUGAAUAACUGUUGCAUCAUAAAGUAAAUGAACUGCUGUUUCUCUUGCUUAUGUAUCAGGUUUGAUGAUGGCUUAAGACAGAAUAUAAACACUUACUGCUUGAGUGCAGUUUCCAUUACAAAGAUAUUAUUGGUAAAAUUGCAGAGGGAUUUUUGCAAGUCUACAAAAGAUUACAAAAAAAUGAACACUUGAAGUGUCUGUGAUAGUUAA